AUGAGACCGACACCACCCAGCUCUCUCUCGUCACUCUCUGACGAUGACUCUGAAGACACCAACGACUCCUCUCUGUCUUCCACCGAUAGCAGUGUCACUGAUUGGUCCAGCAUCCUUAGGACAAGCUGGUGUGGCUCGGGCUCUUCAUCUUCAUCUUCGGCAUUCUCGUUCUCUAUCUCAUCUUUCUCCGACCUUCAAGUCCCCGCCCUUGAAUCCAUCGGCUCUGAUUCUGAUGACUCCGAUAACUGGGAGGACUCAGAGGACUGGGAGGAUGAUGACUGGUGGAUAACAGCCAACGGUGGAUCAGAGGCUGAUGAUGAGGAUAAUGAUAUGGCUUAUGGCGAUAUUCCCUCCCCCGGACUCGCACGCGCUGUCCAUCGCACCGUAGAGGGCAUGUACGAACAUCGGUAUGAAGCGCCUCGGACAAACCACAACCCGCACACACCUCCAGGACUAGAUUAUCGACAUCAUCUAUACCUGGAUGCCAAACACCCUCCCCAUAAUAUUAUUCCUUCAACCCCAAAAUUAGGGUUGAAAAGGUCAUAUUCGUCAGAUGUCCGGAUUGAGGAAGGAAAAUAUCUUCGCGCAGCCAACCUUGAAUGGCAUUGCUAUACUUAUUCUGGGCCGCACCUCAGCGGGAGCCCGCUCGACAGUAUGGAAUUGCUUUACCAGGGGGACCGGGUGGCGUCAGAAUUCAGCGCUCUUAUCUCAUACCCUGCUUUUCUAGAGGAAACCCCACAGCACUAA